AUGGAAGGUUUUCGAGCAUAUGGUGCUGGCAUGGCUGGUGGACGAUUUCAAUUUGGUGUUUUCCUUAGGAAGCCGACAGUUAUAUUUCGGAUCAUUGCGAUAGUGUUUGGGCUUGCACAGUGGAUUGCUGUGUCCGGUGGUGGUUGGUAUGUGCCUAAAAAUGGUAGUGGGGAAAUUUGCCUUUAUGGCAAGAGUUCUUCCACUUGCUCGUUUGGUUCAGCAAUGGGAUUCUUUGCUAUUCUUGGAGCAUUGGGUCUGCUGUUUCUAGAUGCCAAAUUUGAGAAGAUCAGUUCAGUUCCGUCUAGAAAACGAGCGGUUGUAACUGACUUGACCAUUUCCGCAUCUUUUGCAUCUUUGUUCCUGAUAACAUUUUUCACGCUGUGGUCGAAAUAUGGUGAGCUUGACAUAAGUGAACCGUACGACGGUGGCACUGCCAAGAGCGCAAUUUUUUUUGCGCUUUUUUCGUUUAUUGCUUGGAUUGGGGCAGCCUUUUUUGUGUGGCGACGAUAUGAAGAAGGAGUUAUUACCAAUUUUGUGCCAUCAUACGAACAGGAUUUCACUAAUGAAGUGCAGAUUGGACCAGAUUACAGCUAUGGAGGAGACAGCGACAUUGGCGCGAUUGGACAUGGUGACAACAAUGCAUAUCAAAAUGCUCCUUUUACUGCACUGAAUACAGCUGAAUCACCGGUAGAUAUAUCAAGAAGUUAUCAGGGAUACUAG